AUGACGGAAUUCCAAAUAUAUGCGUUGGAUGUGAGCUCCCAACGAGUUAGUGUGUGUCGGGAUACUAAAGAUUUCACGAACCAACAAGGUCGAGGAAAAUUUCAGGUUUCACGCGAUAAAAUGGCUGGUGCGCUGCGUGCUGACGGAUCUUUGUUAUUAAUAUGCGAGGUUGAAUAUUUUACACCUGGAUCGAAGAUUUCUGUGGAACCAGCUGAUGACGAAGAGUGUACUUUGGAGGACGUAGAUGAGAAAGUAGAGCUAAGCAUACGUGAGAGUAAUCGUGAAAUGUGGGAAUCGGAACUUUUCACCGAUUGUCUUAUCAAGGUUGGUAGUAAAGAAAUAAAAGCGCAUCGAUGCGUACUCGGACAACAUUCUCCAGUUUUUCGAUCAAUGUUCAACAAUGAAUCUAUGGUGGAAGCUAGAGAAGGAAUCAUCGACAUAUUAGACGCAAAAUAUGAAUCGGUGCGAGCGAUGGUGGAAUUCAUGUAUACAGGGUCUAUGGAUACUGUGGAUUCGAAUUCCGUUGAUGAAGUCCUGGCGAUUGCCGACAAAUAUGAGGUGUUACCGCUAAAAGAGCAAUGUGAGCGCCUCAUUUCAAACACGAUUAAUCAGAAGAACAUUACCUCUAUUGCAGUUUUUGCUGAUACUUAUACUGCCACUUUGUUAAAACAGGCCGUUAUUCGAUAUCUUACGGUUCACCAUAAAAAUAUAAUCCGCACACCAGAAUGGAGAGCAAUGAAGAAGGAUCGUUAUGAAUUGGCGAAUGAAUUGCUAGAAGCAGUUCUUUCGGCUUCGGGAGACGUAGACGAGGAUAGCAUGAACAGUUCAAGCACGAAAGGUCCAGCACGUAAGAGGGUGCGACGCUGUGUAAGCACGAAGCAAUAA